CUCAGUCCCCCUCCCCCCUCACUUUCACACACACACACACACACACACACACACACACAUGCGUACCUGAGCUGGUGGUGGGCUGCGUUGCUGGAGGGGCUUUUCACCGCAACUUUUCCUGAGGUGCUCGCGUGUGGUUUUUGGGGGAGAGGCGGGUGUCUGGCGUUUCCUCUUUCCUUCUGCUCUUCCUCCUGGAAUGCUAAAACUAGGCUGAUGGACAUUUCCGAACUUUGCAUCCCUGAUUCUCUCAGCUAUCAUAACCAGCUGUUGAACAGAAUGGCCGUUGAGGAGCGGCACAUGCCAUCCAGCUGUGGCUCCUAUAUAAAGACUGAACCGUCGAGUCCCUCGUCUCUGGUGGACACUGCCAGUCACCCCAGUCCAGGCGCUCACUCCGACGCCAGCGGCGGCUACGCCAGCGCCAUCAACAGCCACUCCAACGGCCUAGACUCUCCGCCCAUGUUCACGACUGGUGGGCCGUUAGGCGCGGCAGCAAAUGCAUGCCGCAAACGUUACGAGGACUGUUCCAGCACAUUACUGGAUGACCCAGGAUCCAUCAAAUGCGAGUACAUGCUCAAUUCCAUCCCUAAACGCUUGUGCCUGGUGUGUGGAGACAUCGCGUCAGGCUACCACUAUGGCGUGGCGUCCUGUGAAGCGUGCAAGGCCUUUUUCAAGAGAACAAUACAAGGUAACAUCGACUACAGCUGUCCGGCCACCAAUGAGUGUGAGAUCACGAAAAGAAGACGCAAGUCCUGUCAGGCAUGCCGCUUCAUGAAGUGUUUAAAAGUGGGCAUGCUAAAGGAAGGUGUGCGUUUAGAUCGAGUACGAGGAGGUAGACAGAAAUACAAAAGGAGAAUGGAUGCAGAAAACACAGCUUACCUGGGGCUCACACUCCCUCCACCAGCCAAAAAACCAUUGACGAAGAUCGUAUCCCACCUGCUUGUAGCAGAGCCAGAGAAGAUCUACGCCAUGCCAGACCCCAGCAUGCCCGAGAGCGACAUCAAAGCCCUGACCACGCUGUGUGACCUCGCCGACCGUGAGCUGGUCGUCAUCAUCGGAUGGGCCAAACACAUCCCAGGUUUCUCGAGUCUGUCUCUGGGAGACCAGAUGAGUCUACUGCAGAGCGCAUGGAUGGAGAUUCUGAUCCUGAGUAUUGUGUUCCGCUCGCUGCCGUACGAGGAUGAGCUGGUGUACGCUGAGGAUUAUGUGAUGGACGAGGAGCAUUCGCGACUCACGGGUCUGUUCGACCUUUACGUCUCCAUAUUGCAGCUCGUCCGCAAGUACAAGAAACUCAAGGUGGAGAAAGAGGAGUUUGUGACGCUCAAGGCCAUCGCGCUCGCCAACUCUGACUCCAUGCACAUAGAGGACGUGGAGUCGGUUCAGAAGCUCCAGGACGCUCUUCAUGAAGCUCUGCAGGACUAUGAGAGCUGUCAACACACAGAAGACAUUCGACGGGCCGGAAAACUGCUCAUGACGCUGCCUCUGCUGCGACAGACCGCAACAAAAGCCAUUCAACACUUCUACAGCAUCAAGAUGCAGGGCAAGGUGCCCAUGCACAAACUCUUCCUGGAGAUGCUGGAGGCCAAAGUCUGAUUGGCCGGCCACAGCAUCGUCCUGUGACAUCAUCAAGGCUCCAGCGAAUGAGUUGUGACAGAGACACACUGGCAAGGGAGGACGCACGGUCUUCCGACGGACACCCAGGUUGCAGACUUUCCUCUCGUGUGUCCUUGAGACAUGAGACAUUUUUAAAGACCUGAAAAAACGAAAAAAUUAAAUAACAGUUAAAAGUAUAAAUAUAAAUGAAAAAAAAAAUAAUAAUUUAAAAAUCUAUAACAAAUGCUAUGUACUUGUACAGUAAUGCUUUUUUUUUUUUUUUUCAUGAUCUGUGGUUAUAUAUGAUGAAAGAAACUUCUGCAAGUCAUUUCAGAGUGAAUUGUCUCACAUACCUGUUGGUGGUCAUUUGAUUUGGUUCUGCUUUCAAAAACCUAACCCUCUGUAUGUGUCACAAACAACCCCACGUUGAACGUACAUAAUUGUUCAGCACCCCAGACAUCACUACGACACCUUGAGGACUUGUAAAUAUUCAACACAAUGAGCUGUGGGAUGAGGCCAUUGAGUGGACAAUGAAACGUUGGACAAAAUUCAGCCAUUUGUUGCCCAGUUCUUCCCUAAAUGUGAACUGACAUCCUUAAAUAUACCUCUUUGGAAUGGUGAAUCCUGGUCUUCUGGAUGUCUCAUCCUAGCUCCGGGAGGACAAACAUUUGUAACAUGAUUAUAAAACUCCUGUCGCCGGGACUUCAGUCAGCUAACUCUGUAGUAAAUCAGCAAUAAAUUGAGUCAACAGCUGGUUGACAUCCAAUUAACUUCUUUGCUUGUCAUGCAAGAGGGUGAGGUAUGUCCGCCUCCUGUGUUGCACUGUACUCCUUUUUUAACGUACUUGUUUUUGUUAUGGUUGAUGUUUUGGCCUAAAUUCGGUUGAUGUGGCAAAACUGGCACUCGGUGUUAGCUGGUGAGUCUUCACGGGGGUCCCGAUUUGGCCCCCGUGAAGGUAGGGGUCGAUCGAGGGAUCGUUGGGUGAAGAAGGCUUCAAAGGAUUUACAAUGAGUGUGGCAGAAGUCCAUGAGAUUCCUUGUUCAAACAAUCAGACACCCAUAUGUCAAACGCCCUAUUUUGGGCUUGUGAAGCCACUGGCAGAGCCAAACCACUCAGAGAGGAAACAAGGUGCUCAUCAUCUGCUUGGACCCCUGUAGAGGCUGCCAGGACUUUUAUAGCCAUGUAUCCAAAUAAAGGUGGACAGGUGCAGGUCUUUAUCACCAGCUUUAUUUUUAGGUCUUGGAAGAUGACUGCGGUCUGAAUAGGGGGAGUGUUUGACCACAUGUUGACGCAAUAGCAUUGUUACGCACUUCUAAAAUGGCCUUUGUAGUAGACGGCCCCUUAUUACACCUUUGGUCCACUUGAAGUUUCUGGCUGUGAGAACCACCAGAGAAGAUGACCCUAAACCACAAGAUUCAGUCAGACUGUGCUCCAUUCAACUCAGAGUUCCCAAUCUCCUGCUUGGCAUAGUGUAAUAAAACGCCAUUUGAAGUCAGGUUUCCAACUUGGAAACUCUGGGAAAGCUAUUCUAAGCCUUUGUCUGCAACGUCACGGAACAUUGUGGAACCCAGAGAGGUGUACACAGUUAGCAUUAAACAUAAAGCCCUUUUCCAACAUUGGGCCAAACGGUUCUGAGCAUAGUGAGUCACUGAUCAGCUAGCAUUUCCUUGGAGCAUGGUUCAGUACGGUACAUUUACAAACUGUACCCGACCCGGAUAUCUAGGUUGGUAGAACCCCUGUAGUGAUGUGGCUAUUCACGACUGAUAAAUUGCUCAGUCAGUCCAUUCUAAUCCUGAUUUCGCAGUACCACAGUGCAAAAAGAUCGGUAUGUAACGGUACGGUUCCACAACGAAAACCAUUUGGCUCAAUGUUAGAAAGGUGGCUUUUGACUUUUUAACAAAUUAAAACUAAUCAAUGAUGAGGAAGUUACUACUAUAUUUUACAUGGUAAUAAAACUUGCUUAUCAGACUAACAAAACAUCUGCAGCUUAUGAAACACAGUCAAUUAAAUUCUAAGGUGAUAAUCGUACACCUACAGUACAAAACAAAUAUCAGUGCUUUGGCAGUUUUGUUGCUUUUUGUGACAUUUUACAACCAUCGGACAACAGAAUGCUUUGGUCAGAAGUUGUAGAUAUCAAGUAGGAUAUCCAACAUCCUGACUGAUCUCACUGUGAAUUUGGCAAGAGUUUGUUGAAAGUUCUGCUAUGAAAACAGGUCUGUACUUACCGUAACUGCCCCCAGUGGGCAAAGCUGGAAGUGUUGCUGAACAGAACCAGUUUCGGGGUGAAAUGUCUAGAGAGUGGUGCCAAAAGCGAGUUGAAUUUUUCAGUUGUAAAUAAUGUAAUACAGUCAACAGGAAUGCAUAUUUUAUUAACUCUACUCCCUAACCCAAACCCCAACCCAAUGGAGUACAAAUGUAAUUUUAGAUCGAAAAUGCAACCUCUGUCAGUAGAACCAAAGGGAGAGGUGAUCACAUCUGAAUUGAUGCAAAAAUGUCUAAUGGGAGAUGCCGCUUGUCAGUAAUUCGGCAGAAUAGGGUCGAUUUCAGGAUACAUGAACAGUCAGAAGCAACAUGUUGAUUUCCUGUGUGAUCAUGUUGCAACAUCUGACAUUUAGGACUCAGUCAUCAUUCAUUUUGGGAACGAAUGUACUGGGAAGGGACUACUAAUGUCAUUUACUUGAAUUAAACUGUGGCACUGUCACAAUUCAAGACUGUGAUUGAAGGAACUGAUAGUUAUGGUGGCCAGUUUAUCGUUCUCAUUAUAUCGCUGGCCAGUGAGAGGUCUGUUGUGUACUCACUGGCCUUCUCAUGGAGGACGGUGAGACUUCUCCUUGUAAGACUUGAACUUGUCACAGUCUCAUGUAUGGAGUAGGCCUGACCAGGUGGAUAGGCAGAAUAUAAUACAGGGAUUCUUUUUUUAUGCAGUGCAACAAUGUGAGUUAACAUCUGGGAUCAGUUCUGACCCAUGUCAUGCCAAAGCAGAGCACCUCUAAACUGAGUAGCGAACAUUUCACCUUUCCAACUCAAGGUGCGAGUAAAGCCCGAAACAUAUUCUACGCAAGUACGUGAAUUAGCUAUGCAAGCUUGAUUAUACACAUUGUCACAUUCAAAAUGUCUCAGAAUGUAAUUUACUGUACAACGCAAUGCAAGUAUAAGUUGCAAUCUAAGCGUUGCCACAAGGGGCUCUAUAGCAGACAUUAGCAUAAACUCUGCUACUUUGUUUAAUUUUACUGUCAUGGCAGAGCAAAAAUAAAUGCUUGUCAACCUGCAUGUCUUUCUGGUAAAACUAACUGGCCAAGGAAGUCUUGCUAGUUAAACUAGUUAAGAAGUCUGUUGGGGAUACCAGUAUGCCAUGCUGGGGACAAGGGUCCAGAUUCAAAAAUUAUUCUUAAGAAUAUAAUUCUGAUUUAAGAAAAAAAAGUUAACAAUAUGUUAUAUUGCCGCAAGACUUCUUAAGGAUGUUCUUACCUUUUUUUUUUUUUUUAAUUGUCAAUGUUUAUAUUUGGAUACCUUCUUACGAACUUCUUAUAAUUAAGAACUAUUUUACUUCGUGAAUCCAGCCCAAGCAUCCAAUUCACAACAUUUGCUGGUGACCAGCAGGUUAAAAUGUCCACAUUUUAUAGCUUGCUACCUGAAUAAUUACACGUGGUUUAAAGACACAGACAUUUUAAUGUGACUCUAUCACCUCCUUGAGGUUUGCUAUCACCACAGCAACACAUGUUAAAUGUGUACAAGGCCUUAUGCUUGCAAUGCAUUGGCUAAGAAUCUGCAUUUGCGUACUUGCGUAGACUCUCAGGCCUUCAUGAAAAUUAAGUGACUGUGACAACAUUUUUGCAAAAUUAUAUUGCAUGGUUCAUUACAUGUUUUGCGGCAGUUCCGCGAUGAAAUGUCCAAGUUGAGCAAGUUAAAAGUUCUCCCGAACAAAUUAGGUUUUUACGUUUAAUGCACUAUUGACCUAGCCUAAAUCUUAAAUUAUAAAGUGAUAAUCUGACAAUUUUCUUGUGCUUUGUGUAAUAGGGAGUAAAAGUCAUUGUUUUAGUGCCUCUACAGUUUAUUUCACCAGGAAACUGCCACGAUACUUACAACAAGCCACCUAAAAAUCAUUUUGCAAAAAUGUAGGAACAUGAUUCUAUGAGACCAGGUUGGGAGAACCUUUCAUGAAACAAACUCUUACACUGGGUUCACACAUCCUCCGUGAGUGGGGCGUGAGUGGGGUGUUUUCAUUUCGGCACCCAUAUUAACAGAUGACACUGCUUACACUGCAAGCCUGAGUCGUGAGGUGAAGACGCGGAUAGUUUCGGCGUUGAGCCUAUUUUUGCCACGCGGCUCACACUGAGCUCAGUGGCCCUGGGUGUAGUACAACACUAAAAUAAUCAGGAGAUUAUUGAAAAGACACAAAAGCAAAUCAAAAUUAUUCAAACCGAACCUAUAUUGGACUACAAUUUAUAUGUCUGCAUACAAGUAAACUCAAUAAAAUAAAUAAAGAAUUAAUAAACUGCCCGACCUUUUGCCAUUCUGUGUAUAUAGAUGUACAGUUUAGACACAACAUUAACCAAUCACAACCAAGUGUGCUGAUAAAGAUGAAGUGCACGUGACUGCCCGCUGUUGGCUUGAAGCAGCAAUAACCUCAGCUAAUUAUAGCCUUAUUAAAGAAAAAAUUUGGCAUAGGACCCCAUAGAUGACUUUAUUUCUUGCACAGAUGCGCUACUGUUUCUCACGAAAGAGACGCGGCCAAUGUGAACAUCCAACGCAACUGCCCCGCUCAUGCACCGCUCACGGAGGAUGUGUGAACCCGCCAUUAUGAAGCACCAUAACCAUCAGUAAGAGUUCCUGCUUAAGUGCAGACAUUGCUUUUUUAUCAUACUUCAUUUUGUUUAAAAUCUGUUGAGGUCAGUCCAUCGCAAACACAACACUUAAUAUGGACAUUAAUGAACAAAUAUGCAACAUUCACAUAGCUACCUCAUCACUUGUUUGGACAAACUGUAAAUAGUCAGAACUCCUUGUUUCCUUUUCACAAUGCCCUUUAUUUAGACUGUUGUCAGCAGGCUAUUCGGUUGUUUUUGUGCAAGCAUUGUGACAGAGUAUCUGGUAUUAAAAGAAAGGCCGUCGAUAACUAGGUUAGCUCUGCCUGCAGCGCUGUCGGCUAUUUACAUCUGCUCCAUUAUGUGUAGACCACACCACACACCAAACACACUACAUAUCCUUUUUGGGUGCACAAUUUUUUUUCUCUUUUUCUUUUGACAAUGGGAAAAUAGUUAACUUUAUGUUCUAUGAAAAAUACAGAUCUGUGAUAAAUGUUUUUAAGAGACAUGAUCGUUUAUUUGUACAUCUCCCAUCAUGUGUUCCUACUGAAAAACCACUGUUUAAGAAAGAAAAUACAUAUCUGUACAUUUCUGUCAUUUAUUUAUUUGCUUAAACAUCCUGUGUAGUUUGAACUGAGCAUGUUCAGGUCAGAAUUGGUCCCUCAAUGUUCACGUCAAAAUGUCGAAAUCUUUUCUGUUUCUCCUAAUGAUAUUCAUUGUGUAUGAUACUGUAUAUCACUUUGGUCACACUGUUCAAUAAUAUUGUUCAUUUAACAAAG